AAUUUUGGCUUUGCCAUCCACCACCAGGAAACAACAUCACCUUACAAAUCAUUUUUGCUGGACUCUGAAAGAAGUGUCCAGUCACUCCUAGCAACUUCCAGCAAAGUCGAUACGUCGUCGGCUUUGAUCCCCAUAUCCUCAGGAUCCUGAGGAACAAAUAUUCAACACUCUGCUAUGUUUCCCCGGUGUCGACCUUCUUCCAUCCUUCCCACCGACCACGCACCCAGGUGACUUAUUAGUCAUCAUCCUCGCGUCUCGACAAAAAGCGCGAUCUUUUGUUUGAAGUUUUAGAAUCUUGAGGCAGUGUUGCCUCGCGCUGGAGGGCGCCUCAUUCCCUCCAAUUCAUACCCGAUCGUCCGACAACAAUUCUCGGAGACCACACCAAAAUUCCCGAACCGUCGGAACACAACAUAAAACCGACAGUCCCUGACUAGACAUGUCGUCAUCCAACUAUUACCGCUCGUCGCCUGCUGCGCACGAGCAAUACUACUUCGAGAGCGCCUCGCCGACCCCGUCUCCACGCCACUACCGCGAGUCUCGGGACUUUUACGACAUGGCGGACCGGCGGUAUGACAUGCCCGAACGACCUGCGACUCGAUCGCACUCCCGUCGCAAGAGCAGCAGCAGCUUCAUGCAAGGCCCUCCACCAGUGCGCCCGCCGACAGCGCACCCCACUGCCGCUGCAUCUCCGCGUUACAACAGCUCUGGCCAGUACGCGACUGUGAAUGUGAGUGAGUCGCGGCCAUCGCGAAGAUAUUCUUCUUCGGGAACGCGCCUACGAGGCGAACGUCGCAGCUCGCAGUCGUACUAUCGGACCUCUGAACGACGUGGGGACUCCGACGAGGACGAAUGGUUCGAGGACAACGGCGCCUACUAUGUGCUGCCCGCGCAAUCGAGAUCAAAGCGUUGGAGCGGCAUGGACACGAGGGACUAUUACACGCGCGAUGGGCCUGAGACUGAUUACCAAUAUUACUAUGCACAGGCACCAAGGGAUGCAUAUCAGUCGUCGCCGAUGAGCCCGGAGCCUCGCCGAUCAUCACAUAGCCGUCGUCCAUCUGUAUCGACACCGCAAAGACCUCAGACCACUGCCCCCGGCAGCUCUAGCAAGCACAAGAGGUCUUCCUCAAGACAGCACGAGUCGUUCUCUCGACAGCCACCCCCUCCCCCUCCCCAGGAUCAAAAGACCCGUACGGCCACCCCAGAGGACGCCAAGAAGUACCAGAUCCCUGAGGGCUACUCACUGUCUCACUGGGAUCCCCACGAAACCCCCAUCAUUUUGGCCGGCAGCGUGUUCGACGCCAACUCUCUGGGCAAGUGGAUCUAUGACUGGGUCGCCCACGUCUACUCUGGACCUGAGGGUCGUGAAAUGGUUGGCAUCGCUGGCGAGCUGUGGCUGCUUCUCAUCCAGAUCUCGGGAAAGAUCAAGCGUGCCAGCGACGUCAUGCCAGACAUCCGCAGCAUGGAAAACAGGGAGAUGGUCGAUGAUUUUAUCGAGUCUGGUGAGCGCCUCAACGACAAGCUGCGCCGCCUCCUCAAGCGUUGUGAGGGCCCCAUGCUGAGCUCCAGCAAGACCGGCAAGAGCAAGCUCGGCACUACUGCCGGUGUCAGGUUUGUUCACACACUCCUGGGUCGUGACUACGAGCUGGCCAACACGGAAAAGUUCAUGGCCUCUGUCCGUCUCUGGAACCUCAGAUUCGACGCCAACUGCGAGGACAUCCUACUGAACCCUACCAAAUAAACGGUGCCGAAACCCCUCCCCCUCCGUUCACCCUGUGAACCUGCCAUCGGAUCUGUCUUCCGGUUUCUUGUUUCUUUUCUUUUUCUCUCUGUUCAUUUUUUUGAUCAAGCCCACGGAGAGGAUUGGAUCGUCCACCAGAGACACAGGAGCCGUUUGUCUUAUUCCAUUUUGGCCACAAUAUUUCUUACCCCACGGGAGGAGUCCAGGUUUACCAGUAAAAAAAGAUUUUGCCACUUGUACGAUAUGGAUCGCAUUCCUAGGAGUCUUGUCCGGUCAUAUACCCCCAUGGUUUCCGCGGAGUCUUUAUUUUACAGGAGAGCUCCAGGCUUUUCCUCUUGUCUACAUCAAAACAGAUUUUUUUGUCGGGAGCAAUCCCCCAAAAUCACCCGGCGGCCGUUUUUCUAUUCCCACAGGACAGGAUCGACCGUUUCCUAUUUAUUAGAGAGAUACCCUUAUCUUUCAUUUUGGCUUUUCUAUACCUACUUAUGGACAAGUCACGCAUCCAGGCGUGCCAUCGAAACAGCGAUACGAACUCUUUGGACACCAGCACAUUGUUUAUGAUUUUUGGUUUUUACUUAUCGAUGGAAUUUGCUGGAAUUUGGGAGCAACGCGACAACUAAUCAGGGAAUAUUGGCAAUCCCUUGGCUUACUUCUUUAUUGGCUUUUUAUUGCUCGUUCUGUUUUGUUCUGGUGCUGGAAAAUAAAAGAGGAUCGCUGGCGUUCGGGCUUUGGUGGCUUGGUGCCACAUUUCCUUUCAAUCUUAUUGUCACUGGUUGAUGGAUAUACCCUAGUUGAAUCUUAGUUUUUAUUAUCUAGACAAUUUUGACCUGCCAAGCAUUGAAGCUUCUGUGAAUUUAUCUUCAAGUGAACUUGAC